CGUGCUCGCGGCGCUUUUAUGUAUUUAAAAAAAAACCCCUCGAAACGCAUAAACGCAAAACUACCUACCUACCCCACCAACCCACCCACGAUAAAACCCAGCCUAGUAUGUACCUAAGGCUAGGUAGCGACCUGUCGAACGAACCCCGCGCUCCAGUCCAGAAUCAACAACCAGAAAUCCGAUCCCCUUGUUUAGCCAAACAACAAAACAGAAUCUCUUAGCACUCGAUCUCGACGAAACAUUUUGCGUCUCUCCUUUUUCAGCCUACCUACCCCUCCUCCUCCUCCUCCCUAAUCGCCACCUAUAUACAAAAAACCCUAGGUAGGCAAGUAGUUCGGGGAAUGGCAGAUACAGAACAGGCAGAAGGGCCCAGCGAGCCCCAGGGUCGCCACGUGAUAUACUGCGGCGUCUGCACCUUACCGCCAGAGUACUGCGAAUAUGGCGGCACCGUCAAGAAAUGCCAGGACUGGCUGCAGAAAGCCCACCCGAGCCUAUACGAGCGUAUAUGGUCUCCAGAAGCCCUAGAAGCAGCCACGGCAUCGCUCUCCGUCGAGGCGCAGAAGCGCGCCGCCAAGGACGCGCAGAAGAAAGCCGCGCAGGCCGAGAAGGCGGAGCAGAAGCAAGCGGACAAGAUCGCCAACAGCGUGAUAACAAUCAAGCGGGUCGAGCGCAACAAGCGCAAAUUCGUAACCGCCGUGUCCGGGCUCGAGGCGUUUGGUCUCGACCUGAAGAAAGUCGCCAAGGAAUUCGGCAAGAAAUUCGCCACGGGCUCCUCCGUGACCAAGGUGCCCAGCGGCGGCGAGGAGAUCGUCGUGCAGGGCGACGUGUCGGACGAGAUCGAAGAGUUCCUGCUAGAAAAGUACAAGGACAUCCCCGAGGACAACAUCGAGCUCGUCGACGAUAAGAAAAAGAAGGGCUCAGCUGCCGCUACCGCCGGCUAGAAGCACAUGCUCGUCUUGUCCAAGCUUACGAAGUGGGGGCGUAAGAAGAAGAAAUCAAAGGGGACAAGAUAUUGGGAGGAAGACGAGGAAAUCUUUUAGAUAAAAACGCCAGCAAGGUUCUCAUUGGGACCUGACUUAAUCCAUACCCCCCUCCUGUGCAGUG